AUGUGCGGCAUCGCGCUUGUCGCCCAGCGACUGCAGGCGAUCAGCUGUCGCGCGGCAGAGCGUCCACAGAGAGCGGCUGCGACGGGCUGUGCGACAGCGAGGGAUCCAGAGAAUGCUGCUGCCAAUCAGGGGGCGCCACGUGUAACCAUCAUGGCAUACCCUCACAGCCGACCGGUGGCAGCUGACGUGGCAACCCAAGGUGCCGAGCUGGCAGGUGAUGGCGCUGAGGUGUCGUACUUCGGUGCGGCAGGUGAUGCCGCUGACUCAGCAGCGGAUGGUGUGUUGUCAGCACUAAAUAGAGCAGUGGGGAUUCGUGUGACGCAUAUUCGAGAGAGAAGUUGCAUUCGAGAAGGGGAACCUAUGGGCCCACUGAACCGACAAGGGCAUGUGGAGCAGCCAAGUGGAGAGGGGGAGGUGGCAGCAGUGGCAGGGAUUGUGAGCAGGGAGCAGGAGGCAGAGGUAGCAGCAGUGGCGGUGCUGUUCUCAGGGGGGCUCGACUCCAUGCUGCUGGCCGCCCUGGCCCACCGCCACGUGCCCAUCCACCGGCCCAUCGAGCUUUUGAAUGUGAGCUUUGCCGGAGCAGCAGCGCCGGACAGGCAGACAGCGAGGAUGGGAGUGAGGGAGCUGGUGCGAGCAUGUGCGGGAAGGAGCGGCAGCAGCAGCACCAGACGGGCAGGCAGCGAGUAUGGGAGUGAGGGAGCUGGUGGGAGCAUGCGAGGGCAGGAGGUGGGUGAGAUAGGGGGUGGUAUGGUAAGGGCAGGGGUGGAGGGGGGGUUAUUAGCUCGUGUGGCAUCUGGUGGAGGUGCAUUCAACACUAAUCCCACCAUCAUCCUCUUUUCUGAUUUGGUUUACUCGUGCUGCAGGUUGCAUCUGGUGGAGGUGGAUUCGACCCUCUCAGAAGUGGACCGAGUCAAAACGCACCUGCUCUCCCUGCUCUGCCCAUCCCACACGCACAUGGUAAUCCCAACCCAAUCAUGCCAGCAUGGUAUGUGCCACGCCAGCAUGGUAUGUGCCACCCCACCAGUGCCCCACCACUGUGGGGACCCGAAUUGGCGGCGGUGUGGUGCUGCUGCUGCAGAACAGCCAUGCCUUUGUUCCUGCCCUUGCGCUGGGAAGGGCGCUCCCCUCCUUUCCCAUAAUCUUCCCCAAAUUAUUCCUCCGCUUUCCCCCCAACUCCCUCCCCAAUUCCUUCCGUUUCCCACUCCUUCCCAACUCCCCCAACUUCUUUUCCUCACUCCUCCCCCAUUUCCCCCUUCCUCCCUUCCUCUUCCCCCCAGGACCUCAACAUUGGUGCAGCGCUGUGGCUUGCUGCUAGUCUACGGUUCCACUCCUUGUCUAGAUCCUUCCCCAACCAACUUUGCUUCCCCAUAUUUCCCCUCUCGUUCCCUCCUCCUGUCUCCCCUUUAUACCCAGGACCUCAACAUUGGUGCAGCGCUGUGGCUGGCUGCUAGAGGGGAGGGCAGGAUGAUACGCUAUGGGGGAAAGGAGGAGGGCGAUGAGGGAGAGGAGGAGGAAGACGGGAGCAGAGCGGUGACGGGGGGUGUGGAGGGGUACAGAGCACAUGCGCGAGUGGUGCUGGUGGGGACGGGCGCAGAUGAACAGUGCGGAGGCUAUGCUCGCUACAGGACAAAAUUCCGACAAGGAGGCUGGCCAUCCCUGGAGAGCGAGAUGAGGGAGGACGUGCAGCGCCUGUGGCGGCGCAAUCUGGGGCGGGACGAUCGGUGCCUGUCAGACCACGGCAGAGAGCCGCGCUUCCCGUUUUUGGAUGAGGGAGUGAUGAGCGCUCUGCUGGCCCUCCCGCUCCCUCUCAUCACCCACCUGCACCUCCCUCCAGGCACAGGAGACAAGCUUAUAUUGCGACAGAUUGCUCGCAAGCUUGGUCUGCCAGGAGCUGCUGCAUUGCCCAAACGAGCCAUUCAGAUCGCGCAUUGCAAAGGAGGCCAAUAA